AUGCCAGUGGAAAGCCGGGAGAAUUCCACUGAACAUUGCAGGCGCCAAUUGCAGAAGAUCAGAGAACUUGCGCUUCUCCAGCCGCUGUUGGUGUUAUCACCGGGUACUCCAGCAGCGACCGAGCGACGACAAGUGCAGAAACUAAGGCGGCUCCUGAGGGCGGCGCGACGACUUUGCCCAGGUCAGUGGGAAGUGAGAGCUGCCAUGCAACUGCUGCAGUGGCACAUGGGGAUUCAUAGCCGCCCAGCUGCUCCAAUAGGAACGGCACAAAGGCAGAGUGCGGAUUUCUUCUUUGCCACGUUGGCGCAUCGGGACCAGCGGGACCAGCGGGACCAGCUACAAUGGAUAGAGUGGCUUGAGGAGAGUGUCACUCGCUGGCCUUUCAGACUUGAAGGUUGGUUUCACCUGGCCAAACACCUCACGUCGGAUCCACGGGAACGUCCCCGUGCCAUUCACGCCUGGCGGCGCGUCUACGUCUUGCCCCAGCGCAACCGCUGGGCGGCGCUGGCGGCGGUGGAGGCCUUGCAAUUUUUGGGCCGUGGCGAUGAAGCCGACCACUUGCGGAAGGGUUUAUCAGACUUGAUGCCUGAGACUGAGAAGAUCUGGGAACCACAUUUGCAGUCUGUCCCUGCACCGAAGUCCAACUUUCAUAGUGAUUUUCAAAUGGCCAGGCGGUUGCUCGAAGAUCAUUUGCCCCGUAUCCGCAAUGAACUUGAAGUGCGCCACAAGAAGCUACCCGCACCAAAGUGCGAAGGUGCAUUCUGUGAACAGAUCUUAUUCAAAAAAAUCGAUACCUUUGCCAGCAAUGUUUCAUCGUCAACUUGCAUCUUGCCACAGCUGUGUCGCACCCUGCAAGAGGUAGAAACACAGCACGGACUCCACGUGUUGGCAUCCUCCAUGGUCGAAGCACAUGAUCCAACGGCACCAGUCACGCAGUUUCCAGGGCGCCUUCGACUUUGGUGUGCAAUGAUGCACUUCUUGGAUUCCUGCUUCUGGCUGGAUGAAGGGGUCUCCUUGAAAAUCAGUUCCUCCAGCUCACCACAAUUUUUUGUGGUGGAUUUUCGCGACCCAACUUACGAAGAAACCGAUCUGGACGGAGACACUUUCCACAGCCUGCUAUGGUUGCAAAGUCUCCUCACGCGCCUUGGUGAUGCUUCAAGCUCUACUGGUCUUUUGGAAGCGAAGCCAGCCAGAUUUCAGGUGCGGGAAAGUUGGGGAAUGAAAGAGAUGUAUAUGUAUGCACCUUAUGUAUCCAGCUUCAAAGGUUCCACUGGUGAUUCCAAGCGAACAAGACUGACUUUCAUUUGUGAAGCAGCGUGAAGUCUGUGAAGCAUCGGACGGUUUCGGCCUUGG